UGUCACCAGCAAGAAUCUUCAUCGUGUCGAAUGCUCGGGUUUGAUGGAGAGCACCAACCAGCGAUCCAUUCCAUUACGAGGAGCUGCGUGUUCUUCGCUUGGAAGCCGAGCAAUCACCCCGGCAGCCAUGCGUGUUGGGUCUGGGUUGCGCCACUCCCGGCACACUCCUAUGAUGUUUCGCCUCGUACAGCCACGAGGAUCCUCGAUAAAAAGCUCCAGCUCCUAAAGUUUCUCGCGGAAGUUUCAGUGGCAAACAUGUUGAGAGCGCUGGCGAUCUUGGUCGCCAUCUCUGCUGCGUUGCGAGGAUCAGCGGAUGCUGCGAGAGAAAGAAACCAGCUCCAAAGCUUAACGAGGAUCGGUGGAGCGCAAUCUGGAAAACAACACUUGCAAGCGCGGUCUAGAAACCGAGAAAAACUUCUUAGCGUCGAGAAGAGGCUACUACCAAAGACUGCUGCAUCGCUAUCUGGAAGAAACCAUAUCCGAAACUUGUCAGCUAGGAGGACGCUGGAGCUUCUAGAACUGGCGCCUCCAGCAGUUCCAUCCGAAUCCAAAAGGCUCGUUCCAACGGGUCCCGAUCCUCUACACCACAGCACGAGAACUGAGACGCUGCAUCCAAGGCAACCUCUAGCAUGAAACAGCUCGGAAGAAAAUAUUCUCUGGCUAUGGCAUUAGCUGAAGUGUUCGAAAGCAAAAGAAAAAAAAA